CUGAUCACGUAAAAAUUUGCGACAGCCACAAUUUUGCAGAUGUUGUGCAGACGCGUCGCGACCGAUCGCAAAACGUCAAAUUAUUUCGUAUCACGUACCGCGAUUGUUCGCUUACCGCUUACUGCAGUUUUCUGUCAUACAACUAGCGCCAGUCGCGAUCGGGUAGCAAUAAUUGGUACUAAGUUUAUCCCUUUUUUUUUGUUUGGCCGAACCACCAAAAAACUUGUAGGUACAAAAAAGCGCGUCACAUGCAAACAUUUCAAAUUUUCAAGUGGAAUUCACUUUGAACCGCCAAGUGGGAGCUGAAAUUCUGUUCCAUUCGGUGAAGCGCAACGAAAAGUAGGUGAUUGAAUAAUAAACGUAUUUUAAUUCUCUGCUAUUUAAAGUUUUAAAGUAUAAAUAACCAUAAUGGAAAAUCGCGUAUCAUGUGCACAAUUGGACGAUUUACUAGAUUAUUUAAUUACGCAUCCACAACUUGUGAAGGGCAUCGGUUUAGGAGCCAGAUCCAAAGAAGCCAUUGCUCGGGAAUGGGAUAAUUUGGCUUCCAAAUUAAAUGCCCACGGAUUGGGUGCUACAAAAACUAGCCAACGAUGGAAGCGGUACUGGGCUGACCUCAAGCACAAGGUCAAAGCCAAAGCAGCAGAACGAAAAAGGAUUGCUUAUGGUACCGGUGGUGGACCUGCGCACCAUGACGAGCUGAACGAACUCGAAAAAAAAGUUCUAGCUAUAAUAGGUGAAGGGGCUAUAUUUGGUGACACACAGCACAGGGUGCCUGCAAUAACUACCACUAUUGUUCCUAAGGAACCCCUAUCGUCGGGAUUGGUUGUCGCCUCCGAAGAUCAGGGUAUAGCCCAGGAAACAGUUGUUCUAACAACAGAUUCACCACCUCCCGCCUCAACACCAGAUCUAUCAUCGCAUUUACUGAAUUCUCCAUCCCAGAGAGGACAAACACGUGUUUCAGAUGCUGCUCAGGCUGAGAUGAGCCCGUCAACGCCUGAACAGCCAAUCAACGAUAUUAUAGUUAGCCCAGUUUCUCGUCGACCAGGAAGUCACCCUAGAAGAAGCUUCAUUGCGAAUACCAGGACGAAAUUUAGACAACAAACAAGAGUAGACUCGUCCUGGGUUAUAGAGCUGGAGAAAAAGCGAGUGGAAGCUGAAGGGAAACUGGCUGACGCAGUUUUGAUUAUAGCAGAGGCUGCCCGUACGCAGGCAGAGGCUGCACGUACGCAGGCAGAGGCUGCCCGUACGCAAGCAAACGCUCAACAACUUCAAGCUGAAGUAAAUGCAUCUCAGCAUAAAAUGUUGGAAAAAUUAAUAAGCACCAUUAUUAAAAAUAAAUAAAUUAAUAUUGUUUUAUGAUUGUAUAUUUUUAGCAAAUUCCAAAAUGGUAUGUUACCUUAAUUACGAAAUAGGAAUUGUUAUUUAAAAAUAGUUCAAGAAUUUUAUAAUUAUGUUUUACUUUAGGCAGGCACCAUAGUAAAUUUUAGGAAACUAAUAAAUAUAAUCUACCGAAACAAUAGCAUUUCAAAAUAAGCAUUAUGCUUGACAUUAUACUAUUAAGUUCUUGCCAUAUUCUGCCAGUAGUCUACGAAGUAGCUAUCACCUACUUCUGCCAGAGUUAGUCAUGUGUUUCAUUGAAGUCAUAGGCACAAUCGAUAUUACAUUUCAUUUCAAAUUUCGAUUUUAUGUUGCAAGGAGUUGGAUCGUCUAUUAAAAACAAACUACUAAUUCCUUAAAAAAAUAUAAUUCGAAUAAAAUUUUAUUACACAAAAAAAGAAAAAUGUAAAGAAACUAACUACAAAAAACAAAAUCAGGCUAGAAAGAUUCACAUUUUGUCUAAAUUAUCAAUUCUGUUUUUUAUGUGGUAAUAAAAUAUAAAUGAACUACAAAUUUCUAGUCAAUCUACUGGUCAUCCUACUCUAUAAUGAAAAACAGUAAAAUAAUAUAAUGACACAACACACAAGGUAAACAGAAAGAUAAAAUAAUACAUGAAUUGAGCAUGACAGAUUAAAAUAAUUUCUCAAUAAGACCUCACAAAAUUUGUCCAAAAAAAGGGUACCCUUGCAUUAAUUCACAACCUGAACAUUUACGGGUAUGUAAGGAAUACCAUUGUAUGAAAUCUGAAAGUAUUCUGAGCUGUAUUCUUCAUAAAAUGCACACGUUUCCACGCCACCUGUGAGGUAAUGUACGAGGCGCA